AUGAACAGAGCAUUCUGCCGUAUGCUCCGCCGCCGCAUUCCCCAUGUAUUCUCGAGUUACUCGUCCAGUCCAUGCGUAUCAGCUCACUGCCUGUCGAGUCCCCUCCCCACUUUCAGGACCACAAGGAGUUACAGCGCGAAUUUCUCCGAUCUAAGGGCCCGAGUCGCCGCCGCCGACCGGGCGCUACAGGAAAUAACCUAUCAAGCCCAGCGCGAGCGCCAGCGGGAGAGAGAGGAACGGAUAAAAGCGGGCCUGGACGUGGCGGACCUCGAUCGAGAGGAACAGGAGGAUUACAUGGGCGUUGGGCCCCUCAUUGAGAAGCUAGAGAAGGAGAAGUUGAAGGGUGACCCGCCGGAUUUGAACCGGUAUGAGGAGCCCACAGAUUCGGAUUCCGAUGACGACGAGAGGUUCUCUCGGGAGGCAGUCAACAAGCAGGUCGAACAGUUCGAGAAGAAAUUCAAGAAGCACGAGGAGUUGCUCGAUAAGUUCACCAAGACUGAGACUUUGGAUGACGCCUUCCAGUGUAUGAAAAGAAUAGACAAAUUUGAAGAGAAGCACUUCAAGCUGAGACCUGAGUAUCGUGUGAUUGGUGAGCUCAUGAAUCGGCUGAAAGUAGCUGAGGGAAAGGACAAGUUUCUUCUUCAGGUGAAGAUAAAUCGAGCACUGAGGCUGGUGGAGUGGAAAGAUGCAUUUGAUCCUAAUGACCCAGCAAAUUAUGGUGUUAUCCAGCAUGAUCAGGCUGGGUCCUCAGUUGAUCACAUGGAGCUUGACGAGAUGGAUAAGGAGCAGCAGACUACGAAAGGUGGAGAAGAUGAUGACGAGUUUGAGUUUGAUGACUUGAAGGAGAAGGACAACAUAUUGUUGGAAAAGCUUAAUGAACUUGAUAAAAUCCUUGAGCAGAAACUGGCGGAGUUGGAUCACACUUUUGGAAAGAAGGCAAAAGUUUUGGAGGAGGAAAUUAGAGAUCUUGCCGAGGAAAGGAACUCAUUGACUGAGCAGAAGAGAAAGCCCCUCUACAGGAAAGGUUUUGAUGUGAAGCUUAUUGAUGUCAAUCGGACCUGUAAAGUGACUAAGGGUGGACAAGUUGUGAAGUAUACUGCCAUGUUAGCUUGUGGAAAUUAUCACGGUGUUAUUGGUUUUGCCAAAGCAAAGGGCCCAGCAAUUCCAGCUGCCCUUCAAAAGGCAUAUGAGAAAUGCUUUCAAAAUCUCCAUUAUGUAGAGCGACAUGAGGAACACACAAUUGCUCAUGCAAUUCAGACAUCGUACAAAAAGACCAAGAUUUAUCUUUGGCCAGCUUCUACUCAAACAGGGAUGAAGGCAGGUAGAACGGUCCAAACGAUAUUAAGUUUAGCUGGAUUCAAGAAUGUGAAAUCCAAGGUUGUUGGAUCGAGAAAUCCUCAUAACACAGUCAAGGCUGUGUUCAAGGCUCUCAACGCAAUUGAAACUCCGAAAGAUGUUCAAGAAAAGUUCGGCAGAACUGUAGUCGAGUCGUACUUGCUGUGA